GGCCGAUGCUCUGAUUGGCCAUCCCCACGCAGCAGCGCCUGUGAUUGGCUGGGCCGGGGGGGCAGCGCUGCGGGACAAAGAUGGCGGCGUUGCGAUCGGUGAAGGGUUUGGUCGCCUUGGUGUCGGGUGGAGCUUCUGGGCUGGGCCGGGCCACGGCUGAGAGAUUGGUGCAGCAGGGAGCCAGCGCUGUGAUUGUGGACCUGCCGACGUCAGAUGGAGCUGGUGUGGCCCAGGCCCUGGGAGAGAGGUGUGCCUUCGCACCGGCUGAUGUCACCUCGGAAUCGGACGUUAAAUGCGCCGUGGCCCUGGCCAAGGAGAGGUUUGGGCGGCUGGACAUCACAGUAAACUGUGCGGGGAUUGCAGUGGCUGUGAAAACCUACAACUUCAAGAAGGACAUCGCGCACAGUCUCGAGGAUUUCCAGAGAGUGAUCACUGUGAACAUCGCGGGGACGUUUAACAUGAUCCGCUUGUCCGUCGCCGAGAUGGGGAGGAACGAGCCCGACGCGGAUGGUCAGAGGGGUGUGGUCAUUAACACCGCCAGCGUAGCCGCCUACGAUGGACAGGUAGGGCAGGCAGCGUAUUCUGCUUCCAAAGGUGGCAUUGUGGGCAUGACCCUCCCCAUCGCUCGGGACCUGGCACCACAAGGAAUCCGGGUGGUCACCAUCGCACCAGGUCUGUUUUCCACUCCGCUGCUGGCAGGCCUCCCGGAGAAGGUGCAGAAUUUCCUGGCCCGGCAGGUGCCCUUCCCCAGCCGGCUGGGGGACCCGGCCGAGUACGCCCACCUGGUCCAGGCCAUCGUGGAGAACCCCAUGCUGAAUGGAGAGGUCAUCCGCUUGGACGGAGCCAUCCGGAUGCAGCCGUAGAGGGAGGCGGGAGGGUCAGCGGAGAGGGAGGGGGGGAGGGGUCUCCGCCCACUCACUGUCCGACAGUCAAAAGCUUAAAUUGUGACUGUCCCGCCACAAUCAACCCCACCCCCCCCCCCCACCCCCUGCACCGUCCUGACUGCAAAGGCCACAAGAUGUUUCCAUCCCUCGGACCUAUCCCCAUCCCCAUCCGGCGGGGUGGGAGGGGGUGUGGUUGGUGAAGUGCCCCCCCUACUCCCUCUACUCCCUCUGCAUUGAUAGUGUGUCAGUCCCGCCCUGUGCCCUGAGACACAGAAGGUGCCCAGGGAGCAGGUCAGCAGGCGGCCGUAAUCAGCAGCAACGCCCCCCCCCCCCACCACCCCCCCAACACACACACACACACACACACAACCCCAGGACGUCGACCAUGAAGGAACGUGGGAGGCACCGGACGCUGGGUGAAGCCAUGAGGACCCAGGGCAGGAGCUCAAUCCCGUGGUGGGUGGGC